AGAGACAUGGGAGAAUAACUGUUAUAAUUCCCACAAACCAAUUUACAUGGGGUUCGUCACUCAUCAUUAUUUCCUUCCUUCCUUCGCUUAAAUAAUCCCAUAAAUUCCCGCAGACCUUCUACUACUACUCCCCACUCUACAUUUCUUUAGCUAGAUUAUGGGUUUCGAUGAUAUUACCGCUGAGCUUGGCCUCAGCCUAGGCUGCCAUGACAAGCCAGCCAAUCACGAUCAUGAUCAUCACCAAAACCAGAAGAAACCACACUUGAAAUACGACCAAUUACUGCCGUCUGAUCUUACUCUAGGCCCAUCAGAUGAGGCAGAACCAAGAGGGUCUAAUUCCUCUUCUCCGAGCGGAGCCGUUUCAUCGUUUUCUAACUCGUCUAGUUUCAAGAGGGUAGACAGAGACUUAUUGUGUUCUGGUGAAGAGGUAGAGAGAGUAAGCGAGGAACUAUAUGAAGAUCAGGCAGGAAGUCCCAGAAAGAAACUCAGACUUACAAAAGAACAAUCUGCCACAUUAGAAGACAGCUUCAAACAACACACCACUCUCAAUCCUAAACAAAAAAUAGAGCUGGCCAGAAAUCUAAACCUACGGCCGCGACAGGUAGAAGUGUGGUUCCAGAACAGGAGGGCUAGGACUAAGUUGAAGCAAACUGAAGCGGAUUGCGAGCUGUUAAAGAAAUGCUGCGAGACUCUCAAAGAAGAGAACAGGAGGCUACACAAGGAGCUGCAAGAGCUCCAGUUAAUGAAACAAACACCAACGGCGCCGUUUUACAUGCAGUUUCCGACGGCUACUCUCACCGUGUGCCCUUCCUGCAGUGAGAGAAUUGGCAACGGUACUAGUACCCCUAUUGCCGGUGAUCAUCAUCAUGGAAUAUCGAAGCCUCCCCUUUUCAACCCCUUUACUCACCCAUCUACAGCUUGCUAGCUAAUUGAGGCAACCUACAUCCAUAAUCGUAUAGUUCAAAUUAAUUGUAGAGAUAUCAUGAAUUGCUACUGUGCCUAGAUUGAGGUCAUUUUCUCCUUCGUCCUAAUUAUUUAGGUACUUGUAAAUAUUUACGUUUCAAUAAUCAAUCAUGUGAAAAAUCUACUUGUACGUAGAUUAUUGCUUUCCUUAAUUAAUUGCUAUAUAUCCAAUGACAAAUCUAGCUAGGUUUUACCUAGUACGCCAUACCAGUAAAAC